GGCCAAGACGCCUCCUCUACAGGUGCUCCUUAGCUAUCCUGCUCUCCAGGUCUUUACUAGGCCCUAGGGCCGUCGGAGCGAGUGAUUACACAGUGGAUAAGCUAUCACCAAGUGCUUAGAAUGUUCGAUUAAGUGGAAGGAAUGUGAAGGAAGUGCGUGUGAUCAAAUUAUGUGCUGUUCAAGAAGUCGUGGUCCGCAAGAGCCCUCGUCACCUUUCUCCAGCAGCUGAUUCAUACAGGAUGGAGGUGGGCGUGUUGGUGGUGAUGGUUGUGGCGACGGUGGCGACGACGGGGGCGCAGAAGCUCAACAGGGCGCCUCAGUUCCUGCAUGGUGGUGACAUGGACAGGUUCUCCCUCAGGGAAGACACGCCGGUGGGGUCAUCGGUGUACACACUAAGGGGUCGUGACCCCGAGAGCACACCGGUGUCAUUCUCCGUCUCCGGUGACUACCUGAGCGUGGACAGGAACUCUGGCGUGGUCACGCUUGUUCACGCCCUGGACCGGGAGACCACGCCCAUGAUCGACGCCAUCAUCACCAUCACAGACGAGCGCGUGUUCGGAGAUGAGCCCAACACAGUGCCCCUGCGUCGGGAGAUCCCCAUCUUGGACGUGAACGACAACACGCCGGUGUUCCACGGGCAGCCGUAUACUUUCGCUGUGCUGGAAUCAUCCUCACCUGGCUCCACUCUCUUCUCCAACAUUAAUGUUACCGACGCCGACGGAGGCGCCAAUGCCGAGGUCAAACUCCGCUGUGUCCAGGAGGAGACCCCGGAGGCGUGCGCCAAGUUCGAGGUGCGGGAGGCGAGAGUGGCUGAAGGGGAGUAUGUGGGCAUCAUCUCUCUCAAGGUGCUCCUCGACUACGAGACGGAGAGGCUCUACACUAUGGUGGUGCGGGCGUCGGACGGAGGACCGGAGAAGCGCCUCACUUCCACUGCGACAGUGAUGAUCGAAGUGAAGGACGUGCAGGACCAACCUCCCAUCUUCCUCAAUGCCCCUUUCAGCGCCACCGUCAGGGAAGCCAGCUCGCCUGGCACGUCGGUGCUAGAGAUCCGUGCCCGCGAUGGUGACCUCGGGGAGCCGCGCCCCCUCACCCUCUCCCUGCAGGGGGAUGACUCUGGCUACUUUACCUUAUCAGAUGUACAGAACCUGGAAGAUGGCUCUCUCACUGCCACUCUCUCCACGUCCGAGGUCGCCCUUGACCGAGAGGACCCGCUCAUCCUCAAUAAUGGAGGACUCUACACAUUCAGUGUCCGGGCUCAGGAGCAGGGCGGAGAGGCUGCGGUGUCCCAGGUCACCGUUGUGGUCACGGACGUGGACGACCAGAGACCUGUCUUCAGCCGGGACCAAAUCUCUAUCAUGGUCCCGGAGGAUAUUGCUGAUGGGACACCCCUGCCUGGCCUCAACCUGGUGGUGACUGACGGCGACGUAGGGGAGAACGCUCGCUUCUCCCUCGCCCUGGAGGACAUUUUCGGCUCUCGGGGCGUCUUCUCCAUCUUUCCCGAGACUGCCGUCGGCCGAACUCCUGUAAUCAUCAAGGUUGCCGACUCCUCAAGGCUUGACUUCGAGAAUCCAGAUGCCUCUAAUUUCGUCUUUAAAAUUGUGGCGAGUGAGGGAGGAGUUGCUGUGUCGGCUGCAGUUAUCAACAUCACCGUCACAGAUGCCAAUGACAACGCUCCAGUCUUCCGUCAACCCUCCUACAGGUUCAAUGUGAGUGAAGGUGUUGGCCCCGGGUACCUCGUCACGACACUCCACGCUAAUGACUCGGAUUCUGGCGUCUUUGGAAGGCUCAGCUACAGUCUGAAAGGCUUUGGAGCUGAGAAAUUCCGAGUGAACAACAGGUCUGGCGAGAUCUUCCUGGCCAACUGCGGCCUGGAGACAUGUCUGGACUACGAGCGCCAGAAGACGUUUUCCCUCACAUACUCAGCCACUGAUGGGGGUGGUAAGGUGACAUCUGUCAACAUCUUCAUUGAUGUGCAGGACGAGAACGACAACUCGCCAGAGUUUUCCCGAAGGGAGUACCGCAGGACGGUCGAUGAGGGGGCCAUAGCCUUCGACCCCCCACUCUUUGUCAAGGCGACAGACAUUGACGGAGAGAACCAAGGUGAUGGUACGGUGUUCUACUCCCUGCAAGAAGGCAACACCGAUGAUGAGGCCUUCUUCGUGGAGCCGAUCAGUGGUGAGGUGACCAUCCAGCGGGCUCUCACCUACCUUGAUACGCCUACCUCCACCUACACCCUCACUAUCCGUGCUACUGAUGCAGGUGAGCCCCGGCGACACAGUGACGUCAGAGUGUUCGUCACUGUCGGGCGGGAUACGAAUCGGCCUCCAAGGUUCCGUCAGCGGGCGUAUGAGGCCCAUGUGCUGGAAGAUGCCCCAUUAGGAACGAGUGUAGUGCAAGUGUCAGCUAGCGACCCUGAUGGGGCCGAUGAGGGGCUUACAUAUGUGCUGAUGGCAGGGGCCAGGGACAAUUUUGUCAUGAAUGACACCACUGGGGAGAUCAAAGUUGCUCCAGGUGCCUCCCUUGACCGUGACCUCAACCCCAAGUACCAGGUUGUGGUGGGAGCAGUAGACAGUGGAGCCAGCACCAGGCAGACAGCCACCACCACCGUCACCAUCCUUCUCACCGAUGUCAACAACAAGCCUCCCAAGUUUAACCAGGACUCGUACACGCAAUAUGUAAGCGAGAGGUUGCCAGCUGGAGAGAAGGUGGUAACAGUGAGGGCCACUGACCUUGACUUGAAUGCUGACCUCAUCUAUGAAAUCACUCAGCCCGUCAUGGCUAGGGACAAGACAGGCGUCACCCUUACGUCGUCCUCACCCUAUGACUACCUCUCUGCCUUCAGUAUCAAUGGGAAGACGGGCGAGGUGGAAGUGUCCGGGGCUCUGGACCAUAAUGCUGCAGCUGUCAUCAUCCUCACUAUCACAGUCACCGACAACAAUGCCUCCGCAGCCUUCCCCAACCAAACCGACACAGCUGAGGUAACCAUGUAUGUGCAGGCGUUCAGCGACCAGAACCCAAUAUUUGCUCCUCCUUGGACUCCAGCUCGGCCCCAGCUUGAGGUCACCGUCAAGGAGGAGCAGGAACCUGGCACCAUUGUCUUCUCUGUCACUGCCAAAGAUCCUGUCACAGGUCAGCCUGUGAGGCGGUAUGAGAAGGUGACGGGGUCGGACCACGGAGAGAUGUUCACUGUGGCGCCCAUCACUGGUCAGGUCUCGCUCAACUCUCGCCUUGAUUAUGAAGCAUCACAAACUAAAACAACAUCACUGCAGGUGCUGGCUAUCGCUGGUGAUCGUUCCAGUCAGGCUACUGUCAUUGUCAACAUCGAGGACGUUAAUGACAACAGCCCGAUCUUCACAGAAAACGAGUACCAUGCCCGACUGGCCGAGGAUGCCCGCUUCCCCAAAUCUGUAUUGACAGUGAAUGCAACUGAUGCAGACACUGAGGAGCGAGGACAGGUGAUCUACUCUCUUGGUGGCGAGGGAGCUCUCCUCUUCGUGAUCAAUGAGACCACCGGAGAGAUUGUUGUGGCUCGUGGGGCACAGCUGGACCGGGAGACGACACCCACCAUCACCCUGGAGGUGACGGCCCACGACACUCCUCAGGGAGGCAUUAGCCAGCGCAAGACAACUGUCAUUGUGGAGAUAGAAUUGACAGAUGUGAACGACGAGUCCCCCAAGUGGAGUGAGUCAUCCUACACGGCAGUGGUGGCGGAGAACACAGGGGUGGGGAGCCCUGUUACCACUGUGCUGGCCACAGACCCGGACCUUGGUGUCAAUGGCAUCGUCCGUUACCAGCUACCGGAGCCCCAGGAAGAGGUCGAUGGGCUCUUCUCUCUGGCUGCCGAAACUGGUGUGUUGUCAGUCCGAGCCCCCUUGAGUGGUAAGGGCCGCACCGAGCCUUAUGAGCUAACGGUGCGGGCUCUUGAUCAAGGAUCUCCCCAGCAGUAUUCCGAGGCCACCAUCAGGCUCUUCAUUGGUGAUGUCUCAACCAACGACGGCGUCCCCACCUUCAAGCGCCCUGCACCUAAUGAGGGGGCGAGUGUAUUGGAGAACUCCAAAGUUGGGACAGCAGUGUUCCAGGUCGAGGCUGAGGACCCAGAUGACCCAAAUACACCCAAUGGAAAGAUCGUGUACUCCUUCCUCGAUGACGGCAGCAAUGAUGGGGUCUUUGACAUUGAUCCUACAACAGGGAUGAUCAGCACUCGGGUGGAGCUUGACCGGGAGAUGCGCGAGCAGUACACAGUGGUAGUUGUAGCUCAGGACCUGGGCCGACCCCCACAGCUCGCUUCUCGCCUCCUCGUUAUCAAUGUCACCGACUCUGAUGACAACACUCCGGUCUUUGUCAGGCUCCAGGGAGGCAAACCGCUGGAGCUGGAGGUGGAGGAGGAGGCAGCCCUGGGUACGCUGGUGGGGUACGUGUCGGCUGUCGACAACGAUAGCGGCAACAAUUCCCUUGUCGACUACCGCAUCAUAGAUGGCAACAAUGAUGGCUUGUUUGGGGUGAACAGAACCUCGGACAACAGUGGCAUGAUCUAUGUCAAGGGACAUGUUGACAGGGAAGAGGUCGAGUCUGUUACUCUGACAUUGCUGUGUGGCAAGCUUGGCAGGAGGAUGCCCAGCAGGAAGACCUACGACCCGGCCAACCCUGCAAUGAUGCAGGUGCACAUUGUGGUAAAGGACCUGGAUGACAACAAACCCAUGUUCAUGAAGGCGGUGGUGACGGCGGGAGUGAGGGUGGACGAGGCACUUCAGGCAGAGGUGGUGAGGCUGCAGGCAGAGGACAAGGACCCCACUGCCCUCCCCAUCAGGUACAGCCUUCACAACAUCAGUUUCUCACACAUUGAGGACUCAGUGGAGCUCCUGCCUGAUGAGGAAGUGAAUGCUACGGGUGUCUUCCUUUUGGAAGAAUCUUCGGGUGUGUUACGAACCAAUGCACCCCUCACUCGCUAUGCCCAUGGUAUCUUCACAGCCUUUGUCACUGCCUACUCUGCACCCACUGAUGAACCAGCAAUUGCCCAACUCACGAUCUAUGUGUUGCGUGACUCAGACCUGAUGCGGUUUGUGUUUGGCAUGACUCCAGGGGAGGUACGCCGCCAGCUAGCCACCUUCAGGAAAGAUGUGGAGAAGGUGCUACCUGUCACUGCCUCACUCAACAUCUAUGACACCAGUUACUACUCCGAUGCUGACGGUGCUAUUGACUUCUCCAGCACUGGGUCGUGCUUCCAGCUGGUGGGACGUAACAUGCAUGACACAAAGGUGCUGCUCGAUGCCUCCCACAACAACAAGUUGGAGAAGGUCUUUCACAAAUACACCGUAAAAAAAGUUGAGCGCUGUGUGCCUCGUCGGGAGACCCGCCAGGUGGAUUGGGUGGAAGUGUGGGUCCUGGUGAUUGCUGCGUUCAUAGGCAUUGGGGGUUCCGUGGCUGCCAUCUCCGUUUGCUGCCUCUACUCACGCUACCGACGGCGGGUAAAGCGCCACCAGCAGCAUCUCAGACUGCUCGAGAGCCCACCCUCAACCACUCCUGUGCUCCCCCCAGGUUCUAUCAUCAUGUUACCCCCUGGGCCUCCUCCACCUGGAGCUCUGCACUCCAAUGGCACUAUGCCUACUGCAUCAGUGUUGAGUUCUGAGCCUCCCAGAGUUUAUGAGUGGCAGGAACGGGGCCUACCUCUUGACACUGUCUCAUAUAGAAGUGCUCAACGAUAGACCUGCUUAUUCAAAAUGCCUUGGCAACAUAAUGCGUCAUUUUUAUUAAAAUAAAAUGUACUUUUACUGCUAAUAAUUUCAUGACAGUGAGUGGUGAAUGAUGCACUUUUAGUGUGUGAAGAACACUGCACACAUGACAAAGCUAUACCAUGUGUCUUAACACUUUCGCGCUUUAUAUUAGAGAUAACUCGUCACUGGUUUUUCUUACGAUUCCGCAUAACUGCCUACUUUUCUCGUCAAUCGAAAAAAUAUUUCUAUAAAUUCCACUUUUUAACCG